UACCUCCUUCCCGGGAGCCCGGCAGCAGCCGUCGCCGUCGCCUUCGCCGUUGCCACCCGUGCGACCUUCGUCUCCUUUCGUCUGGCCCCGGGAGCCGGGCCCCGCCACAGCCAGCCAGCAUGUCGGGGGUCAAGAAGCAGAAGACGGUGGGCCACAUGCUCGUGCCACAUGCUCAGCAAGCAUACAGCCUGAUGUACCUUGGCCAGGUCUCCACCUAGCACCACAGAGGGAGGCCAACCUUGAAGCCAGUGGGACACCCGUCCAUAAAGUGGAUGGUAUGCUUGCUCUUGAUGGUGGCAAUGGCAGCACUGAAAUCUUUGGGGACCAUGUCACCAUGAUACAACAGGCAGCAAGACAAACUGAAGGGACUGAAUAUUACCGAAGAAGCAUAGAAGAAAUCAAAGGCAACCAGAGACAUUCCUCGGCAGAGGAUUCUGUAUCCCAUUCAGCUACCACCUCCAAGCCAAUGAACUUGCUCCCAGCUUAUGUCCAGGAGAACCAACAGAAAUCCACCAAUGUAGUCUAUCAGGCCCACCAUGUAAGCAGGAGUAAGAGAGGGCAGGUGGUUGGAACAAGAGGCGGAUUCCGAGGAUGUACUGUAUGGCUGACAGGUCUUUCCGGUGCUGGGAAAACAACAGUAAGUUUUGCUCUGGAAGAGUACCUCGUCUCCCACGCCAUCCCAUGUUACUCCUUGGAUGGGGACAAUGUCCGUCAUGGCCUUAACAAAAACCUUGGAUUCUCUCCUGGGGACCGAGAGGAAAAUAUCCGCCGGAUUGCUGAGGUGGCCAAGCUGUUUGCCGACGCUGGUCUGGUCUGCAUUACCAGCUUCAUUUCUCCAUUCACAAAGGAUCGUGAAAAUGCCCGUAAAAUCCAUGAAUCAGCAGGACUGCCAUUCUUUGAAAUAUUUGUCGAUGCACCUCUAAAUAUUUGUGAAAGCAGAGAUGUUAAGGGCCUGUACAAACGGGCACGAGCUGGGGAGAUUAAAGGAUUUACAGGUAUUGAUUCUGAUUAUGAGAAGCCUGAAACUCCUGAGUGUGUGCUUAAAACCAAUUUGACUUCCGUGAGUGACUGUGUCCAGCAGGUAGUGGAACUUCUGCAAGAGCAGAGCAUCGUACCCCAUACAGUAAUCAAAGGGAUCCAUGAACUUUUUGUGCCAGAAAACAAACUUGAUCAAGUUCGAGCUGAGGCUGAGUCUCUUCCUUCGUUGUCAAUUACCAAGCUGGAUCUCCAGUGGGUCCAAAUUCUGAGUGAAGGCUGGGCCACUCCCCUCAAAGGAUUUAUGCGGGAGAAGGAGUACUUGCAAACCCUACACUUUGACACCCUGCUAGAUGGCAUGGUCCAUCGUGACGGAGUGAUCAACAUGAGCAUCCCUGUCGUGCUGCCCGUCUCCACAGAAGACAAGGCACGGCUGGAAGGGUGCGGCGAGUUUGCCCUCAUGUACAAUGGAAGGAGGGUGGCUAUUGUACGUGACCCUGAAUUCUACGAGCAUAGGAAGGAAGAACGUUGUUGUCGUGUGUGGGGGACAACAUCUACAAAACACCCCCAUAUCAAGAUGGUGAUGGAAAGUGGAGAUUGGCUGGCUGGUGGAGACCUUCAGGUGCUGCAGAGAAUAAGGUGGAAGGAUGGGCUGGACCAGUACCGCCUGACACCUUCGGAGCUCAAACAGAAAUGUAAAGAGAUGAAUGCUGAUGCGGUUUUUGCAUUCCAGUUGCGCAAUCCUGUCCACAAUGGCCAUGCUCUGUUGAUGCAGGAUACCCACCGCCGGCUCCUGGAGAGGGGCUACAAGCACCCGGUGCUCCUGCUGCACCCUCUGGGUGGCUGGACCAAGGAUGACGAUGUGCCUCUGGACUGGCGAAUGAAGCAGCAUGCAGCUGUGCUUGAGGAGGGUGUCCUGGAUCCCAAGUCAACCAUUGUUGCCAUCUUCCCAUCGCCUAUGUUAUAUGCAGGCCCCACAGAGGUCCAGUGGCACUGCAGGUGCCGGAUGAUGGCAGGUGCCAAUUUCUAUAUUGUGGGCAGGGAUCCUGCAGGAAUGCCCCAUCCUGAGACCAAGAAGGAUCUGUAUGAACCCACUCAUGGGGGCAAGGUCUUGAGCAUGGCGCCCGGCCUCACCUCUGUGGAAAUCAUUCCAUUCCGAGUGGCUGCCUACAAUAAAGCCAAAAAGGCCAUGGACUUCUAUGAUCCAGAAAGGCACAAUGAGUUCGACUUCAUCUCAGGAACUCGCAUGAGGAAGCUCGCCAGGGAAGGAGAAAAUCCCCCAGAUGGCUUCAUGGCCCCCAAAGCAUGGAAAGUGCUGAUGGAUUAUUACAGGUCCCUGGAGAAGAUCAACUAAAUGCCCUUUGGCUCCAAAGUUUCCUUCUGAAGUGCUCUUUGAUUACCUUUUCUAUUUUUGUGAUUAGAUGCUUUGUAUUCAACUGUUUCUCAGUGAUUGAUUUUAAAGUUAAUAUUUUAUGAGGUACAAAAUUGUGCGUAUAAUUUAAAGUCAAAUUCAUAUAUAUAUGAAGAUAAUAAUCUUAGCAGGUGAAAGCAAUAUUGUUACACAUUUAAGUAUGAAAUUAGCUAUACUGUCUACCGAAUCUGAACAGGUUGGUCCCAAAUUUCUUAAAGCUUUGAUCAUGUGUCUAGUUUACAUGUCAAAACUGGAAGCAUAUUUUCCAGCUUAUCCUUGGCAACCUGCAAUCCCAAUAUCAUAUCCUAGUAGUAAAAUAAAUCAGAUGAAUUCCUCUUCCUUCCUAUACAACUGCCCUUCCCCAUCAACCUAAAUGAGAUGUGGAUCAUAUCAAGAUUCCUAUCAUCUUUUACCUCAUGACUAUAUGCAGACUUACUGCCCAAUAACCUAAGUGCUGAAGAUCUGACUGGAGAAACCAAAUGUGUGAUAAUGUGAAUUUAAUCUUUGAGAUCUAUGCAGCCUAAAUUCUGCCAUGGAAGUUAUAUUGUCUAGUAAGAAGAGAGGUCUUAAUGGUCUUCUGUGAAUAAUGUAAGUCCAACAUGAUGAUUUUUAAUAGCGUAGUGUUUUGAUGAAAGGAUUUGUUCCAAAGGAUCAAACAAUCUGGCUAUCUUUGCUGUGGUCAUUAUAUCCUACAGACAGUCUGAGCCAAUCUGACUGCAGCAGCAGCAGCUGUCACCAAAAAGAAUUCACACCAUCAGACUAGCAAGGUGCUAGAAUAGGAAAAGACCAUGAAAACAGAAUUCGAACCUUUCAGCUUAGAGGUGAACAAGCUGAGGCGAUGCACAUCGAAGUGCUCCCUGAGCUGCUGAACACAGUCACAAAAGCUCAAAAUCGGCGUUAGAAGCACUGAUGGCUCCGAAUGAGUGCACAGGCCACUCAACGCUCUGGUGCUGAAGCUCCUUGAUAAUGAGCCACUUAAAAAGCAGUCUUCUUGGAUAUGGUGAGGCCUGGGUUUUUCUAAACUCUACUAAUACUUUACUGUUAAAAACACUUUUCCAAGGACUCAAGCUGUUCUGAGAAAUCCUGAGAUGCCUUUACUUUCUGAAAGGUAAUCUUUUGUACUUCAUGUAUAAUUCACUGUUGCCAAUGAAUGUUUGAAGAAACAGCACCUUUUAUAUAUAAUAGGGCUCUCUGGAAGGGACCUAAACUGGAAAGAGAAAACUGUGAUAUACUUCAUGUUGUCCAUUUUUUAAAAAAAAUGCUAGUCUUAGCUAAUAAUUCUUUUGAGAAUAAAUUACAUACAAUGGCCAUAGCAAAGUUUGUCCUUUCGUAUAGUACUGAUCCUCAUUUAUAGAGGUACCAUUGCCUUUUAAAAAAACAGCAUAUUUAUUAAAAACAUGAAACAGGAUGUUGUGCCUUAACCAAAUGUAUUUUUAAAAACAUAUUUAAAACUGCUUUUCUGCUCUACUAUGACAUUAGUGCAAAUGAUUAUUUCUGUGUACAAGCGAUGGUUGCCCUUAUUUUAAUAAAUUUCUCAAAAUAAA